AUGGCGGUGAGCGUAAGCACAGACAUUGCUGGCUUUGACUGUCCGUCAUGGGCGGGAAAGCCUCCACCUGGCCUCCAUCUGGAUGUGGUUAAAGGAGACAAAUUAAUAGAGAAACUGAUCAUCGAUGAAAAGAAGUUCUAUCUGUUUGGGAGGAAUCCUGAUCACUGUGACUUCACAAUAGACCAUCAGUCCUGCUCGCGUGUUCAUGCGGCGCUGGUUUACCAUAGACACCUCAAGAGAGUCUUUCUCAUCGACCUGAACAGCACCCAUGGCACAUUUCUGGGCAGAAUUCGCCUUGAGCCUCAAAAACCACAGCAGGUGCCAAUCGACUCGACCAUGUCGUUUGGAGCAUCGACACGAGUGUACACACUGAGAGAGAAACCACAGACGCAGAGUAACUCUGCUGCAGGAGACAGUAAAGGAGUGGAGGAUGAGGAGCUCAAGGGAUUACUGGGACUGCCAGAGGAAGAAACAGAGCUUGAGAACCUGACAGAGUUCAACACAGCUCAUAACAAGCGCAUCUCCACGCUCACCAUCGAGGAGGGAAACCUGGAGAUCCAGAGACCCAAGAGGAGGAGGAGGAGCUCACGAGUGUCCUUCAGUGAAGAGGAGGAGAUAAUCAACCCUGAGGACGUCGACCCCUCUGUAGGGCGCUUCAGAAACAUGGUGCAGACAGCUGUGGUCCCCAUUAAGAAGAAGAAACUGGAGGCUCAUGGUACAUUGGGACUGGACGACAUCAUAGCACGCCGGCUACAGAACUUCCCUCUCAGCGCUGGGCUCUACGGCGACUUGCCGCCCACCAGUCAUGAGGCAGGUGUACAAGGGGGUGGAGCUCAGGGUGGCGGGUCUUCUGCCAUGUUGGGCGGGAUGCCUCUGCCCUUCCCCAACCCUGCCCCAGAGGUCGAUCUCUUGCCCGCCACAGUGCAGCCCCCUGCUAUGCUCAAUCCCACCCCCGCUCCCGGACCCUACUCGGCUGAACCCCUCAAUGAGCCACGCAAGAAAAAAUAUGCAAAGGAGGCGUGGCCUGGCAAAAAGCCCACUCCCUCCCUGCUGAUUUAACAUGUUUAACUGUAAAACAGGAUAGCCAGAGCCUAUAGACAAUAAAGUUGAAGAUGACUAUUUCAAAAAUCUGCUCUGGAGAUUGGAGUACUUCUUAUUUGAGGAUAUUGUUUCCAUGCAACAUAUUUUUAACAGAUUAGGUACUUAAACUGUUACAGGAUAAGGCAUUACAGUAGAAGUUUUGGAAAGGUGAGUCACCUGCAAUGGACACUACAAAAACUGUGGCUGUUUCUGGAAUUUGGUGAAUUACUCAAGUUUAAGUAUUUCACCCCAAAAUCAGAAGAAAAGAAAAAUAAGAAAUUAUAUUUUGCAUGAAGAAAAUAAAUCUUAUGUUAUGUUGGAUUUUUUGCAGUUCAACAUUAUUUUCAUAAUAAUUAAGCACAUAUCCCUCAAUACUUAACGCUUCACAAUAAGGUUUGCUCAGUGGUUCAGUGGUUAGCAAUCGCCUCACAGCAAGAGAACUGCAUGUUCUUCCCGUGUUUGCGUGAGUUUCCUCCUGGUGCUCUGGUUUCCCCCACAAGUCCAAAAACAUGCAGUUUAAGUGAAUUGGAGACUCUAAAUUGCCCUGUAGGUGUGAGUGAGAGUCCCCCAGCCACUGGGGGUUUGUCAGGAAGGGCAUCCAGUGUAAAACCGGUGCUCAGGCAAAUAUGUGGAUCAUGGAUGGAUACUACAGUUGCUGACGUAAUUAAAAAACAAAUGAUUGAAUUUAAUAAAGUUAACAUUAGAUUAUUCAGUAUAAAUAAACACAUUUUAUCAAUUAACAUUAAAGAUUAAUAAGUGCUGUUUAAAAAUAUAGUUCAUUGUUAUUUCAUGUUAUCUUAAUGCAAUAAUAUGUUAACAAAUGGAACCUUAUUGUAAAGUGUUACCUUUAUUUCUUUUGAUAUUGGGCUAAAAUAUAAAACAGACUUAUUGAUCUUCCAAGCCUGAUCUUGACCAGUUUCAUGAGAUUCAUCCAGGAAGGAUGAAGUGAUGUUUGAAUGAAUUGCACCUCUUCGCUUGUUUCAGGCAUUCCUGACCGGAACACGCUUAAAAGCUUGGACCAUAUUCAAUAGAUAUCAGCAGGCGAUUGAGUAAAUGUAUUCUCACUCACGUUAAAGAGAAAGCAGAAUUUGUUGUCAGCCACACUAAUGGUAAAUAGCAGCCAUUGCAUUUUAACAUUAACACGUAUUUAAUACUUGUUUUCAAAUCCUAAGAGCUUAUUCCUCUGGAAAAAUGUUCACCGUUUAAGAUGUUUUUGUAUUAAAUAUUUGAAAUACAAACCAAACCAUUGAACUCAACCAAGUGUUACCUUACUAAACCAUAAUGCUGUAGGGUCAAGUAACAUGUUUGUGUGUUGUUAUGAGACUGAGUGUUUGUAUUACACAUAGGACAUUUUUUAGGAAAUAUUUCAAAAUACUGUGGCUGUGUAUUGGUUUUCUAGCGAGAAAUUGAAACUGAACUUCAUACAUCUGCUCUUAUUGUGCAAAGACAUAAAUGAGAACGGAGCGAUUUAUGUAAUCUGAACGCAGGGAAUUGCCUUGUAAUUCUAAGGCAAUGUGAAAUGUUUUGUUAGCAUUUUAUAUAUAUUUUUUUAUAUCUGAAUGGAUCUUGCUUCCCAUUGUGAUUGAAAGCACACAUGAAAGUGCUUAACGUGGAAAGAUGAAAGGAAUUCCUGUCAUUGUUGGAUUAUUUGUCUAAUAAAUGGUAUUCCUUACUCUCAACAUGUAUGUCAAUGAAGUGCAGUAAUAACUUGGGUUUUAAUUUUCUGAAGAUUUCAUAAAAUUUGGCCUCACUAUUAUGUUUUUCUCGUCCACACAAACAACAUUUCCUUCCACUGAAAAUGGAGACACCAAAAACACAAAAAAAAAACGGAUACUUUGGGAAAUCAAUGACAUUAAGAGACUGAAAACUUGAGAUUUCAAACCUAGCAAAAAUUAACUUUCUGUACCAAGUUUGUGUAGAUAAUCUCUUUUGCCAUUUCAUAACCAUUAAAAUAUAAGAACUCCUGUAUUAUUAGGCAUUUAGAACUGUUUUAGUAAAGAAUAUUCAGAAAAGAAUAUCCAUUAUCAUUGGAACUAGCGUUGGGAAGUCCAACUCAUUUUAGCAAACCGGUUAAUUCGAACUGUUUUAAUGAACAAUUUUGAUUAACUGAUUCAGCUAUUUGUUUUUUGUUCACUGUAAGCCUUAAUGCUUAAUGUAUUUGUGUAGGCAAAAAUUCAAUCAUACUAAUUAGUUCAAAUAAAUUAACCUGAAUGUGUAUUUAGAACUUUUUUGUUUGAGUUAACAAAACUGACACCUUUUAAGUGACCUGAAUUGUUUAAGUGUUUUGAGUUUAAUGAACUUGGCUCUUUAAAUUAACAGGAACUUAAGUUGAACUGAAACUGGGCAGGGGAUUUCUAUUUCCCAGCAUGGGUUUUGGUGACUACCAUUAUGGUGAAGCUUGAUCUUAGGUUGAGGACUGGUACAAGUAAAAAAAAUAAUCUAUAUUGCUUUACUUAUUGAGCAAUUGCUAUGCUAAAGCAACCACAUGUAUGUUAGCUCCAAUACCAACCAAGCUCUAAAAAGAGGUGUUUCCUGUAAUCUCAGAACCUGUUAAUAUUAACUCCUCGCAUGGUUCGGGACUCCGUUUAAGUCUAGACUAAAGACUCAUAAUUUCAUCCAGGGAUACACUUAAUUUAUCCAUCAACUAAUAGUUAUGCUGCAUUAUUUGGGUCUGCCUGAAUCAGAAACACUUCACAUAUUCUAUAAUCAUGCUUUAAAGUGAAUGGCAUCUAAGCUAAUAUUAUUCUAUUUGUUUCCCUGUCUUAACCUCGGGAUACAUAUCCUGAGGUUAUCAGUGCCUGUCAGAUCCAGCUCUGGACCUACUUGAUGUCCAACUGCCACAUGUUGCCGAGUGAUUAUGACUAACUGCAGCUUGUGCCAGCAAGAUAUCACUUCAGUCUACUAUGCUGGACUUCACAGAUGAUGAACUGAUGCAGCAAAAACCAUAAGACAUGGGCUACUUCACUGGCAACUGCCUAAAACCUGGACUUAAGAUGAACUGCCACAAGCUUCCAGUCGAACUGCAGUGCACCUCACUGACCUCUGCCUGCAUCACCUUGGUCAAAGGAUGAAAUGCAUGGAUACAAAAUGAAUGACCAAUUAAGGCCGCCUUCAGCCAUAUAACAAAAGACAAUGCAUCUGUGUGCCGUUCCGCAGUUAUUUCAGAAUGGACUUUGAAGACUUUAGUCAUUAAUCUUACAGUUCAUACAAAAUCUUUUUGUUUAAACAUUGACCCCUAACACUUAGUUUACUCAUUUUAAACUAUGACUUGCACUGCACAUAAAUAACGAAUAUUUGCAUUAUAUUCAUGAUGUUAGUCAGAGGGGAACUGGCCCCCACAGUGAGUCUGGUUUCUCCCAAGGUUAUUUUUCUCCAUUAACCAACAUCUUAGGGAGUUUUGUGUUCCUUGACACAGAAACCUUGGGACACCCUGCUCACUGGAGUUCUAAAUACAAAUAUUAUUUAUUUAUUUAUUUUAAGGCACAAUUUACAUUUAU